CCCUACCUCCCAUCUACCUCUCUCUCUCUCUCCCCCUCUCCCUCUCCCUCCUCCUCCUCCUCCCUUACUCUCCUCCCCAACCUCCUUCGUCCGAUUCUGGUGGCCAGGCCAGAAUGUGGCUCUACCGUGGCGUCCAGUCCGCUGUAUUCUACUACGCCACUUGCACCCCCUGUGCCAACUCGCUAGACCGCCACAAGCGCAAAAAAGAAGCCGUUCGAUCGCAACGUGAAAAGGAUAAGAUAGAUGCUACCGUCACCGACCAGCCGAGACCGUUAGCGCAACCCACCGCCUUUAGUACCAACCCAGGAUGGGCCGAGGAAAUCGCACUCGGUCCUGGUCCUCCCGCUAGACGAGGUGGUCACCGGAACGCGCAUCGUCGAACCGACUCUUGGAAUACCGGAAUAUCGGCGGACUCUACACAGGAUGUGAGCCGCGGAGGCAACUCGGCGAACAAGAAGGAUAAGAGCAGUUUGAAGCAUCCGUUGGGCGAUCGGUGGAGCCGCAUGCGAAAUCAGCGCGAGGAUGAGCCAUUAUGGGGUCAGGAUGUGGAAGUCAAGGGUUCCUCCGUCGGGCUCUCGGGUCGCGGUAAAGCAGAUGCGGGCUCCUCCAGCAAGUACUAUAUUGCUCGUGUGCCCCCGGUCAACGACCUUCAUCCUCCCAUCGUCAGUGGGCCCAAAAGCCGCGCCGAAACACGAUGGAUGCUACAACCCCCACCCAGUGCUCGCGUGAUGGCUGGCAAAGAGCGUUCGGGGGAUACUGUCCGCAGCAAUAACACUAGUGGACAACGCGUAGACGGUGACCGAAAUGUCAAGCCCGUCACUCCUGCCCAGCAGCUCCCUCCUAUAGCCACCCAACCCGCCGAAAAGAAGAAUGCCCCUAAGCCUUCCCCGCUUCGCAUGGCCCCCGACGGCUGGUACGAUCCGAGAGCCGUGGACGACGACUCGGAAGGGGACGACGAAUUCUCUCCGCCCUCAUCGCCCAGAAUGAUGUUCGGGCGUGAUGAGACCAACUUCGUAAUAUCCCCGUCGUUCCGCUCGCGCUCUGAUUCAUGUUCCACUCUGUCAUCGCCCGGUGAUACCGAGGUGGAGUCUCCGCGAGUCUCCUUGCAUCAGCCCGGGACCCCGACGUCACGGCCUGUCUCCAAAGCAACUCAAGAUAGCGGUAAACAUUUCCCUCCAACGAUCUCACAAGCCCUAUCUACCUUGCAACGUGACAACAACAAGGUUCAAUUGUUGCAUUUGGAAAUCAAUGACUCGCCUGACGAUAUUGGAUUAGGUCAUCUUGAACGUCUCCGACCUUGGCGUUGGAGUAUGGAUAUAUGACCCUAAAGAUCCGUCCGCCUAUUCGCAUAUCGCCCAGGUCACUUGUCUGAGGGCGUGUCAUAUUCCCACCGUUUGCGUGCAUGGUUGAAUCAUGGAAGCCUGCUUUGCUCUUUUUUUUCUUUCUUCUUCUCGUGUUGCUCCUUGGGUAGCAGAAAUACCCCCUUUCUGUUGGAUUCCUUUUCUGUUGGUUUGUUUUUGUGUAUGUUUCGGCGUUGGCAGCAGCUAAAAAGCGUUCCGUUUUGAUGCCCCUUGACCCAUUCUAUGGCAGAUAUAUUUCUCGUUGCAUCAUACUGAACAGCAUGGGAGUUCCCUAAACGUGUGUAUGCAUGGCUGGGCCAACAAACACAUCCUCCUUCAUCCACUCCCUCCUACAUCGGGCCAUGAAAGACUGUUCACAUCAUCAUCCAACUGAAACACUAUCCUUUUGCUGCAUUCCGCAUUCCGCAUCAUCGCCAUUAUUGCUUGGUUCUGACAAUUGUGUCCGUGUGCAUGUUCCUGAUUCCUCUGCGCAGAGUACUAUCCCUAGUCUGAUUCUUUUUUCCCUUUUCCUAUAUAUAUGCUUGCUUUUGCUCUGAGCCUAGUUGUCCUGUCUGUCGUUUACUUGCUCUCUCUGUCUCUCUCACGUUCACUCUUGCCCUUCAUUCGCUCUCUUUUUCUCCGACCUUACCUUUUUACCCUUCAUGUAUACUACUUUGUUUUAAUACAUAUACUUAGAUCGUUACUACAG